AUGGAUCAGGAAGUCGAGUCCUCCGAGGACAAAGACAGCGUCUCUGUCGACGUCUACCCGGAAACUUUUCCGGAUUUCAAUCAGGCGAAAAUACCGUCAACCUCUGCGUCAAGCGAAGGAAGCCCGAAGUCCGAGGUCGCGACGAAAUCAGGUUACCAGCCGCCCAGUGAGGAAGAAAUCCAAGCGGCGAUACGACGCGCCAAUCAGUACCAGAACCAUCCCGUCACAAACGGACCUCGUCGCAGACCCGGAGCAGGCGGUGGCCGACAGAGGAGCGCCGAGGUAUCAUUCCAGCUCCCUUCUGCGCAUCCAAACCACCAGCCCCAAGCACAACGGCCGGCUCCAUUCGCAACCGCGCCGCCGAUCAGCUCCCCUGCCACCGUCGCGCCGAGUCCUCAUUCCGGCCGAGGUCGAGGCAUCUCAGUUCCAGGCAGGUCGGGUUACAUCCCCACUCUCCCCCCUUUAAGCACUGAACGUCCCCACGCUCUCAACGUCGGCCAAACGCGACCUAUCGUCGUUGGAGGCUACGAUAAUCCUCUUGAAGAGCAUCGCCAGAGAGUCUUGCGACGUAAAACCGCGGACAGAUUAACACUCGAGGCUUUCCUGGAAGAGUCUCGUCGUCGGGCGAUUCAGCAGCGCCCAAGCCUCCGACCGUUGCCCGAGCCGCCCACUGCUAGCAGUAGCAGCACCCGCACAGCAGCUGUCGCACACGACCGUGCUUUUCAAGCCCCUCCCCCCACUCAGCAGCACGACACUGCUCCACCGCACCCUUCGCCUCUACAGUCGAACCCGGUCGCUUUCAACCGCCAGGAGCCCUUUCCAGCGAUCUCACGUCGCCGUUCCCGGUCUGCAUCGCUGACAAGUCCCUCCAACCCCCCUCCAUUCGUCUUUCCGGGACCGUCUGGCAAUCGACCCCUCCCCGAACCCAUCAUAGAGGAGUCGUGCGCAGAAGCCGAAGAGCUUGACCACGUUGAGGAACCCGAGCUUCGCACCGCACAAAUCGUCCGGCUUGUUCGACCAUCCGACGACCCCGCCAAAUACUCAUCCGACGUUUCUCUCCGUGGUGGGAGCUUGGACUACGAGGAUUUUGCCGACGAGUUCGACGGCUUCGACCCGGAUUACUACGAGUCCGACGAUCUUGAGUACGAUUUGGACCAGCCGACCGACGAGUUUAACCCAAACGUCUCUUACGAGUUCGAUCCCUACGAAGUUGAGGCAAAUUCCAAAGUCCGCACUCAGAUUCUCAACAAGAUGGCGAGCCACAUUCCCCGGCCCGGCCCGGCCAACCUCUCGCCAAACGCAGGUUUGGAUGAGUGGCUGGAGGAAGCUAAGCAGUGCCAUUACUUGCCUGAGCGCGCCAUGAAAGAGCUUUGCGAGCUCGUGAAGGAGGUUCUUAUGGAGGAAUCGAACAUUCAGCCGGUGUGCACCCCGGUUACGAUUUGCGGCGACAUCCACGGCCAGUUCUACGAUCUCCUCGAGCUGUUUCGCGUCGCGGGUGGAAUGCCCGGCGAAACCAGAGUGGAGGCGCCCAAGACUGCGACCACUGUCAUCAGCCCCGAAGACAUCGAGCCUCCUACCGAGAUCACGAACCCCAAACUCAAGAAGAAGGUCAAGAACGCCGGAAGCCCUCCUGCCGAUGAGGACGAUGAGGAUGAUUCUGUUGCCGCCGACACCAGCGCUACUUCCCGAGCCGAUUCUGCCGUCGAGGUUUCCGCCACCUCUCAGUCUGCCGAGACCCGCUUCGUUUUCUUGGGUGACUUCGUCGACCGCGGCUACUUCAGCCUCGAGACAUUCACUCUUCUCAUGUGCUUAAAGGCCAAGUACCCCGACCGAAUUGUUCUUGUGCGCGGCAACCACGAGUCGCGUCAGAUCACCCAGGUCUAUGGAUUCUACGAGGAGUGCCAGCAAAAGUACGGAAACGCGUCCGUUUGGAAGGCUUGCUGCCACGUCUUUGACUUUCUGGUCCUCGCCGCCAUUGUCGACGGCGAGCUUCUUUGCGUUCACGGCGGCUUGAGCCCCGAGAUUCGAACCAUUGACCAGAUUCGGGUUGUUGCCCGCGCCCAGGAGAUUCCCCACGAGGGUGCCUUCUGCGACCUCGUUUGGUCUGACCCAGAGGACGUCGAGACCUGGGCUAUCAGCCCCCGUGGCGCCGGUUGGCUCUUUGGCGACAAGGUUGCAACCGAGUUCAACCAUGUUAACGGCCUCAAGCUGAUUGCCAGAGCCCAUCAGCUCGUCAACGAGGGCUACAAGUAUCACUUCCCUCAAAACUCAGUCGUCACCGUUUGGUCUGCCCCCAACUAUUGCUACCGCUGCGGCAACGUCGCAUCUAUCAUGACAGUCGACAAGGACAUGAACCCGAAGUUCAGCAUCUUCUCCGCUGUUCCUGACGACCAGCGUCAUGUCCCCGCCAACCGUCGGGGACCUGGUGACUACUUCCUCUGA